ACUCCACUGCCCAAAAUGCAUCCUCUGCAGAAGCCCCAAGUACCUCCUAAGCCUGUCCAUCUGAAAGCUGGGCAGGAAAGAAUUCCUCCUGCACCUUCUCGACCUUUGCCAGCUGAUCCCAAGUUGUCAAGGAGCUUAGCGCCUGGAGAGGAAGAAGUCCCAAUAUCAACAGGAGUCAACACGCUCAUUGAGAAGUUUGAGAGCAUUAGGCAACCUGUACAUAUCCUUCAAAGAAACCAGCUGAAUUUAGCUCUUAAGAUGGAACCUGGCCUGGACUCAUCCAAACAGAUGGGCUCAUGUGACUAUGACCUGGUCGCUUCCAGCAGCUCUUCCACAAAUGAAAAAAGUGAAGAGUGUGAAAAUGAGUCAGAGCUGCCUUGCAGUACAGACCUAUCGAACACAGACAUCAUGAAAAUCAAAGAGCUAAGCAUAGGUGACAGCAAAAGCCAUGAAGACCCCACUGCUGUGACUGUGAGCAAGGAGUCCUCUGGAGAGCCUGGCAGUAAGGACUCAACUGCAGGGCUGAACAGUAACGGGAAGAUUCCAAACAGAGACAGUGGCAUUGACAGUCCUUCUUGUACCGUGGCAGGGGAGGCUUUCCCCAAUGAAGAGGGUGCAGAGCAGAAGAAGCCUGGUGGGACUGGGAACCCAGGAGAGAUGGAACCUGACAAAAAGGGCACCAAACCCUCCUCUGCAGAGCAGAAGAGAGACUUCAUGCAGGAUGAAGACAGUGACAUUGAUGAAGGAAGCAGUGAGGAGCAAGAGACGGCAGAAGUUCCAAAGUUAGAGUAUUUGGAUGUAAAUAAGUGUACAGAGCCCCAAAAGCUAUUCAACAUCGCAAAUGAGCUGCUGCAUACAGAAGAAGCUUAUGUUAAAAGGCUCCAUCUGCUGGACCAGGUGUUUUGCACGAAGCUGUCAGAAGCAGGCAUUUCAUCUGAAGUGAUAACGGGCAUCUUCUCAAAUAUUUCCUCCAUCUAUUGUUUCCAUGGGCAAUUUCUUCUUCCUGAGCUCAAGACAAGAAUCACACAAGAAUGGAACAUGAACCCACGGCUGGGAGACAUCCUGCAGAAGCUGGCUCCUUUUCUGAAGAUGUAUGGAGAAUAUGUGAAGAACUUCGACAGGGCCAUGGACAUGGUGAACACAUGUAUGCAGAGGUCCUCUCCCUUCAAAGAUGUUGUUCAGAACAUACAGAAACAGGAGGUGUGUGGCAAUCUGACAUUGCAGCAUCACAUGCUUGAACCAGUGCAGAGAAUUCCCCGCUACGAGCUUCUCCUAAAGGACUAUUUAAAGAAACUUCCAGAGGAGUCUCCAGACAGGAAAGAUGCUGAAAAAUCAUUGGAGCUCAUAUCCACGGCAGCGAACCACUCGAAUGCAGCCAUCCGCAAGAUGGAGAAGAUGCACAAGCUGCUGGAAGUCUAUGAGCGGCUGGGUGGUGAGGAGGAUAUCGUUAACCCAGCCAAUGAGCUCAUCAAAGAAGGACACAUUCAGAAGCUGUCAGCCAAGAACGGCACAGCACAGGAUAGGUAUUUGUUUCUGUUCAACAGCAUGGUGCUCUACUGCGUGCCAAAACUGAGGCUGAUCGGCCAGAAGUUCAGCGUUCGGGAGAAGAUGGACAUUGCAGGACUGCAGGUCCAGGAAAUUGCCAAGCCAAAUGUGACUCACACAUUCUCCAUAACAGGGAGAAAGAGAUCACUGGAACUGCAAGCCAGGACAGAAGAGGAGAAGAGAGAGUGGAUUCAGGUCAUUCAAGCAACAAUUGAGAAGCACAAACAGAACAGUGAGACCUUCAGAGCUUUCAACAGCUCAUUUUCUCAAGAGGAGGAGCAUCUUCCUGAUUCCUCAAUAGUGAGCACCAGCUCGGUGGAGUCAAUGCCAGGAGCAGAUGGUGCUGGUGCAUUCGGAGGGAGUGACUCCUGCAGGAAGUCUUCCAAGUCAAAGCGUGAGAAGGAGAAGCAGGCCUGCAAGAGCUGCAGUGAGAGCUUCAACUCCAUCACCAAGAGGCGGCACCACUGUAAGCAGUGCGGAGCAGUGAUCUGUGCAAAAUGCUCCGAAUUCAAGGCUCUGGCAGACAACAGCCGCCACAAUCGUGUGUGCAAGGAGUGCUUCGGGCAGCUAGCAGCAAGCCCCUGCAGCCCUGGAGUGGAAGCAGUUGGAGAACAAAAGAAAAGACUGGCUGCAGAGAAGCAAGGCAUCUUAGCAGCAGAAAACAGCCUCUUCAGCAGCUACCUCCAGUUCCUUGAAAAAGGGAAGACUUGGUACAAAAUGUGGGUGACCAUCCCCAAGACUGAACCCCUUGUCCUGUACCUGCAAGGAAGUAGCCAGGACAGCCGAAGCCCCCGCCCCGUCCCGUUGCCUGGGUAUGAAGUCAGCUUGCCAGGCUCUGGUGAGAAGUUUGAAGUGAAGCAUGUCUUUAAGCUUCACCAGUCCCAGCAAACACUCUAUUUCAGUGCAGAAGAUGAAGAGCUGCAGAUAAAAUGGAUGGAAAUUCUCACCAAAGCAGCCAAAGGGGAAACUGAAGAUACAGCUGAAGGGCUUGGCAACCCAUAG